UCGAUAAGCCAGCUACCAGGUUGCCCGUACGUUUGUCUCCCGUUGUCUCUCCGGCUUCGACCACAACCACAACAAAGAGCAAAUAGGUUAGGAGUUCAAUGCUUCGAUGAAGGGGUUUCACCAUGGCGCGCUCAUAGUGCUUGCAGUAUUGAUAUGCCAGCUUGGUGAUCCAGGAGUUGCACUAUCUCGCACAGCGACUGGCCGCCUCCCGUUGACGCUGCCACUGUCGGGGUUGUCGUCGCCCCUCGUACUGGACCCCAUUCUCGGAGCGAACAGAGAAUUCAGAGCACCUGCAGAUGCCGAUAUCAAUGUCAUCAACCAAAAUGACAUUGAUUCCGUGGUACUGGCCACAACAACAUCUGCCAAUGAGAACAAACGCACAAAGUACAAUGCCAAUGCCAAAGUACACAUUUGCAGAACAGCAUCGGCAUUACACCAUUCGUGGUGCAGAGAGGCGAUUGACGCAGCCGAGAGCGCUAGCAACAAUUGGUCCACGGGAAGACAUCAUUUGUAUCCCACUACAGAUCAGCCCGCCGCAGAUCUUCCAAACGGAGUGGGCGAAGCUACUCUGGAUUUCGCCACAAAUGUCAUUCUCCCGGCCAUUGCCAUGGCAUUCGACACACCGUUGGAACGGCUGUAUUUCAAAGACAUGUUCUUGGCAAAGUACGAGCCAACAGGACAACCAGGGUUGGGACGACACACGGACGGCAGUGCCUUUAGCUUUAACAUGUUGUUGUCCGAUCCGUCGACCGAUUUCGAUGGAGGCGGGACGUGGAUUGAGCCAGUUGGUUUGGUCCAGCCGAAUGGAGGCGAGGUAUUGAUGCAUCGUGGGUCAGUGUUACAUGAAGGAUGUCCUGUCACCAAAGGUUCUCGGUAUGUUCUGGUUGGAUUUGUUCAGAGCGAUGAUGAUGAUGAUGACGACGACGAUGGCUACAGGAAGAGUGCUCUCGCUUCACAACUAUUACAGAUCACAAUACCAAGUUUUCCCCUGGGGAUGAUUUUUGAGGUCGACGAAGGAGACAAAAUCAAGUGUGCAAUGGUAGCGCAUGUUGAAAAAGGAGGAACAGCAAGCGAAGCAGGAAUUAAAAAGAGAGAUUGCCUGCGGGGUAUCUUGCUGUCCCAUGCCGAGUCUGACCAACAUCUCCUAACAUUUGACGGGAAAACACUUGACCAAGUUAUGGAAAUGAUUCUGGACGUUGCGAGUAAAGACCUAGGGCCAGUGCAAAUGAUUGUAGAAAGAUGGUGCUGAAAAUCUCAAGACCAAGAAUGAAUGCACAGAUCAAUGGAGUACUGUACGGAGUUGUUUGAACUAGUGGCAUUUGGCUAGGCUUCAAAGCUUCAAAGCAACCAUGUUGAUUUCCUGUCUGGGGGUAGUUUGGAGGUACUAGCCACGGAUCUCACAUCACUCUUCCAACCGAGAAGAAAGAGAUCCACCAAGACUUGCCAGUUGUGUGAAGAUUGGUGGAUGUCGCGAUGCUUGACGGUCGUAUCUUGGGCAAAACUACACUGCCUUGCGGUGUUCUUCCGCACGAAUGCCAGUCACUGGCUACUGCAUCUAGAUAAGACACCUGGCAUUCGCUAGCCAUGUCAAUGGUGAUAACCUGCUAUUGACUCAUCUGUAAUGGGGCACACGGGCACACAAGCAAGGCCAGUGAUCAGCAUGCUGCCAGCUCCACCGGUACCAGCUACUAGCGAAGACCGCCCCUGAUCCCACGGAAUCUACUAGUCCCCGAAUUUGGACUCUGCUUUACUUCUGAAGCCUGGCCCUCCCUGGCUCCCCUCUAGCUAGUAGCUGGAUUAUCUACGGGUUCAUCUCUGCACCCAACCCCCUUCACCAGGAACCCAUAAUCGACAAGUUGCUUUGUCGAUGAAACAGUCUGUGCGCCGUCGGAUGU